AUGGCGGCUGCAAAGGCAAAGCUCGCUGAGCUAAGAGCUCUUCGAGCUUCGGGCAAGUCGCGUUUGUCUUCCUACAAUGUUCAAGAGGAAGAAGACCUCUAUGACGAAGUGGACGAAGAUUCCUAUAAGAAAAUUGUUCGAGGUCGAAUGGAUGAAGAUGACUUUGUGAUCGAUGACAAUGGUGAAGGCUAUGCUGACGAUGGUCGGGAAGAGUGGAUGCAUGAGCCUCGCUACGGGAGUCAAAGUGGAAGCGAAGAAGAGCGACCGCUAAAGGGCAAAGCAGCAAAACGAAAGCGCGAGGAAGAUCAAAAGCGGAUUGAGCAAGCGAAUAAUAAUAUCAACAAAUAUUUCAACAACAAACCUGCCCCGGCAGCUCCAAAACCGAAGCCAGUUGUGACCGCCGAAGACAGUGCCUUCAUGGCUGGCCUCCUAGGGGAGGUCGACAUCAAUAUCGCCUCGCGUGCUCCCUUACGGACUGUCAAGACCAAUUCGCGGAGGAAGACUCGUGUUCUCUCUCCACCACUAAGCCACGACAAGCGUUCAUCGCUCCCGAGACCAGACAUAAGCAAGCCCGCAACAAAUAUGCUUCACACCCCUCCCGAAGAAAACGAUUACGACGAAAACUCGUUCGGACAACAAUUAGAUGACGACACUUUACCAUCUAGUGAUCCAUUGCCGUCAUCACCAACAGCCAAUGUUGCUAGUCGUAGAAGCCUGCACCCUGUCAAGGUUGAGGACGUGGAAGAAGAAGACUUGAUGGAAAUCGCGCAAGUAGUUGGUGACCACAAGGUCAAAGCGACCAGCAUCAACAUCUCUGGAGUGAAGCCAGUCCCUAAGGUAUCUAAAGUCCCUUCGUAUCCAACGCCAGCCAAUUCCUCUCCCACUCGACCACCUACUUGCGACAUGGAUGCUUCGUCUUGGAACGACGUGACUGCUAAGCUUAAUGUUAUUAGUAGUCAAGAAGUUACAAGUCACGGUAAAUUAAGUCUUGAGGAUGCUGUGGAGCCGGAUGGCAGCCUUCGCAUAUUUUGGACUGAUUACACAGAUGUCAAUGGUAGUCUGUGUUUGUUCGGCAAGGUCAGAGAUAAGAAGUCUGGAGACUUCGUGUCAGCAUUCAUCAAGAUAGACAAUAUCUUACGCAAGCUAUAUUUUCUACCGCGUACUCACCGCCAUAAACACGGUCGAGAAACGUCGAAAGAAGUGGAAAUGGGUGAUGUUUAUCAAGAAGCAGAUGAAAUCAUGUCCCGGCUCAAGGUGGGCAUGCAUAAGAUCAAACCUUGCUCACGAAAGUACGCCUUUGAAUUACCCGACAUUCCCAAAGAAGGAGAUUAUCUAAAAGCAAUGUAUCCCUACGACAAGCCUUCGCUGCCGGUAGGCUUAACAGGAGAAACAUUUUCGCACGUUUUUGGUACAAGCACUGCGAUAUUCGAGCAGUUUGUGCUUUGGAAGCAAAUAAUGGGUCCAUGCUGGCUGAAGAUUGAAGAAGCCCACUUCUCAUGUCUUAGCAACGCCUCAUGGUGCAAGUUUGAGGCUCAAAUCACGAGUCCCAAGGCAAUUACGACUACUAGUGAAGCCGACAGUCUCGAAGCCCCGCCCCUCAGCUUCAUGAGCUUAGCGUUACGAACAACGUUGAAUGUGAAAGCAAACAAGCAAGAAGUCCUAGUUGCUAGUGCUCGUUUUUAUGAGAAUAUUUCACUAAGUGACACAACACCGCCCGAGAAGCUUCCCUGCAAAAGCUACACUAUCAUGCGGCCCGUUGAGGCGACAUUUCCAGUGGGCUUUGAUUCAAUCACUAAGAAGCAGCGGGGUACUAUCAUGCUCGAGAAGAAUGAGAACAUGCUCCUAGCAAAAUUUCUAGCAUUGCUUGAGCGUGCAGAUCCAGACGUGUUGGUUGGCCACCAGUUGCAAGAUGUCGACUAUCCCAUCCUGUUAUCUCGAUUCCGCGAGAAAAAGACACCAGGUUGGCAUAGAAUCGGCCGCUUGAGACGUAGUGAUUGGCCAAAGAAUUUUGGGAAAGGAAAUACUAGCUUUUUCUCGGAAAGGCAACUAGUAUCAGGUCGCUUGCUUUGCGAUGUCGCCAAUGAAAUGGGCAAAAUGUCUGAGCUCUACUUAGGUGAGGGAGCGCCACGUCGAGAACUGGAUAAUGAUGCGGCCCUGAAGACGUGGGCCACGACUCGAGACGGGCUUAUGGAUUAUGUAAAACAUUGUGAAGCCGACACCUUCUUCGUCGCUGCACUUGCCCUUCGUGUGCAGAUGUUGCCUUUGACGAAAGUCCUCACUAAUUUGGCAGGCAAUUCGUGGGCAAGAACACUGAGUGGAACUCGAGCAGAGCGCAACGAGUACAUUCUACUACAUGAAUUCUACAAGAAUAAAUACAUAUGCCCAGAUAAGGUGUACGGUAAGAGCAAACCACAAGUGGAGGAAGAAGCCGAUGGCGACGAAGGCGUGGACGUCAAGAAGAAAGACAAGUACAAGGGCGGUCUCGUCUUCGAACCAGAGAAAGGCUUGUAUGACAAGUUCAUUUUGGUCAUGGAUUUCAACAGUCUAUAUCCCAGUAUCAUACAGGAGUACAACAUCUGUUUCACAACUAUAGAUAGGUCCGAGAUAAACGAAAACGAAGAGAGGGUUCCGGAUGCCCCAAGUGAUCAAGGUCAAGGAAUUCUACCAAAGCUCAUUUCGACCUUGGUGAGUCGACGAAGAGAGGUCAAAAGUCUUAUGAAGGACAAGAAGGCUUCCUCCGAGCAGAUCGCAACAUGGGACAUCAAACAACUGGCGCUUAAAUUGACUGCAAACUCCAUGUACGGUUGUUUGGGCUACACGCAGUCCAGGUUCUACGCCAGGCCCCUUGCUAUGCUUACAACAGCUAAAGGACGAGAGAUCUUGCGAAGCACAAAGGACCUUGCAGAGAGCACACAGCUACGUGUUAUUUAUGGUGAUACAGACUCUGUCAUGAUCAACACGAAUGCCGAUAAUAUUGAAGAGGCUCUCAAGGUGGGAACUGAUUUCAAACGUUCUGUCAACGAGAGGUACAAGCUGCUUGAAAUAGACAUCGACAAUGUUUUCCGGCGUCUAUUAUUGCAUGCGAAGAAGAAGUAUGCUGCUAUCAACAUGCUGGAAGUUGACGGAAAGUAUAUGGACAAGCUCGAAGUCAAAGGGCUUGACAUGAAAAGGCGAGAAUACUGUGCCCUUUCUAAAGAAGCUUCUUCAAAAUUACUGAACAUGAUCCUUUCUGGAGAAGAAUCCGAAGUUGUCGUUGAACAGGUUCACGAAUACCUACGGACUCUUUCCGAAAGAAUGAGGGAGGAAAAAGUUCCAUCACAAAAAUACAUCAUCUUUACCAAACUGGGCAAAAACCCAAAAGAUUAUCCUAAUCCAGAUUCCAUGCCUCAGGUACAAGUUGCACUCCGUGCUCUCGCUCAUGGAAAGACUGUACGACAAAACGACGUGAUCUCCUACAUCAUGACAGCCGCGACAGAGAAGACACCUUCGAACGAGAACACAGCGAAGCGUGCCUAUGCUCCCGCUGAAGUGAUACACCCUAAAGCCCGACGUCGAAUGGUACCUCCACAAACAGAUUUUCCCCCUAUCGAGCGUCUUUGUGCCCCUAUGCCCGGCACAGAUUCUAUGCAUCUAGCUGAAUGUCUUGGCCUAGACACGCGCAAAUACAGUAUCGCCACCAGCGCAAACCAAUCCCAAGAAAAGGAGAUAUGCCCCUUGGAUAGUCAAAUACCAGAUUCCAUCCGCUUCCAGGAUUGCACCCGCCUUACAUUGAGGUGCCGAUACUGCAAGGAGUCCUUCCAAUUCGAAGGGCUAGCUGCAUCACUUAAGAACCUUACAACGGAAGGUAUCGUUUGUGCCUCAGAGUCCUGCAGACGUCCGUUCACCACAUUGACGGUGGUUGCCCAGCUGGAGCAUGCGAUCCGUGUGCAAGUCUCCAAGUACUAUGAAGGCUGGCUUGUCUGCGACGACACCGCCUGUGGCAAUCGGACGAGACAGAUGAGCGUGUACGGGCACCGGUGUCUUGGUCCUAGAGGCCGAGCUGAAGGUUGCCUGGGAAGGAUGAGGUAUGAGUACUCCGAGAAGGCCAUCUAUAAUCAGCUUCUAUAUCUCAGAGGCUUGUUUGAUGUGGAUGGUGUUGCCGGGAAAGGGGAGCCAAAUCCGCUGAAGGCUGAAGAAAGUGAGAAGGAGAAGGCGAAAGUGCUGAGAGAGAUCAUGAGGGAGAGGUUUGGAACUUGUACGAGGGUUGUGGAAGGGUAUUUGAAGCAGUGUGGACGGGUCUGGGUACAGAUGGAUUCGUUGUUUGGGUAUGCGUUGAAGGGUUGA